AUGCACGCAACCACCAUUGUAGCCAUUUUUGGUCUACUGAUAGGCGUGUACGUUGUCACACGACGUAAAUCAGCUUCGUCUUUGCCGCUGCCACCCGGCCCCAAGCCAUUACCGAUCAUUGGCAAUGUCCAUCAAGCUCCCAAGUCCCACGGCUGGAUGACAUAUCGCGAAUGGAGUAAGCAGUAUGGACCCAUCUUUCAUGUCAACAUGCUUGGUCAGCCCGUCAUCAUUCUGUCUACGUCUGAAGUUGCCCAUGACCUCCUAGCCAAGCGUGGAGCAAUAUUUUCAGACCGACCUCGUCUUUUCUUGGCGACAGAGUUGGCCUUGAAAGGACUCAACAUCCUCAUGAUGAAUUAUACCGAGCAAUUCCGUCAACAUCAGAGGCUCCAGGUCUCGGUGUUGAACGCGACGCCGGCAGCGACCUAUCUCCCCAUCCAGACUAUGGAGUCACAACAACUAAUGCACGACCUCCUUAUAAAUGCGAGUGGGGCAGGUACGAAUGUCCAAGGAUAUUUCCAGCGCGCAGUCGCUAGCAUCAUCCACACAUUGCUGUACGGCUUCCGCGUCAAAGACUACAACGACCCGGGGCUUCGCGCCAUUAUCAAAUUCAACGAAGAGUUUUCCGAGUUUAUCCAGGUUGGCGCGCACAUUGUUGACCAGUUCCCUGUUCUCAAUAAUCUGCCAGGCUUCUUGGCCCCAUGGAAGGCAAAGGCUGAGAAUCACUACGUGGCUAAGCAUGAUCUACGUGACAAAAACUUCCGCCUGGGUCUCGGGUCCGACGCCUGGAAUAUAUCAAAGCAUCUGAAGAAAGUUGUCGAAAAGGACAGUCUCGACAUGCCUUGGAACGAGUUGGCGUUUGAGCUUGGUACUAUGAUUGACGCCGCGCUGGACGGCACUACAGAUAGCUUGAUCUGGUUUGUGGUCGCUUGCAUCACGCAAGACCAAGGCUUCAUCUCUAAGGCACGCGAGGAGCUCGAUAGUAUUGUCGGGCACGAUCGACUUCCAGGUCCGGAGGACAAGCCUAACCUGCCAUAUAUCACUGCUAUCGUGGAAGAGAUAUUUCGUUGGCGACCGGUUGGCCCCGAGGGCGUCCCUCACCUCAAUAGAGAGGAGACUACAUACAACGGCUAUACCAUUCCCAAAGGAUCUGUCAUUGUGCCCAACGUUUGGACAAUCUCCCGGGAAGAAGCCUUGUUUGGCUCGGACCCUGACGAUUUCAUCCCAGAUCGUUGGCUCGAAGAGGACGGCAAGACACUCAAAUCUCUACCCCCGGCUGCCUUUGGUUAUGGAAGGCGAACCUGCCCUGGCCGUCAUUUUGCCCGCAAUGUUAUAUGGAAUGUGGUUGCCCAACUGCUGUGGUCAUUCGACAUCAAAGCUGGUCUGUCCGAGGAGACGGGCGAACCCAUCCCUGUUGACCCAAUUGCAUGUACUUACGGCCUGGUAAUGAGGGCUCUACCUUUCAAGGCUGCAUUUAACCCACGAGGGCCAUGGGUGCGUGAAGUCAUUACCAGAGAUGGUGACACUUAUGGGAAGGAUCAUGAGGCCAUGCUCAACCGGAUUGGGGAAGAGUUUGCUAAGUUGUAG